GCCAAAAAAGAAGGAAACCCAAAGCGGGCAAGCAGCGGGCGGGCGCAAGCAAGCGAGCGAGGCCACCACCAGCGCGCUUCCCAGCAGCAGCACGGCAUGGGCGCAACACUAAAAAGAAGGGAAGCUACCUCCCCCCAAACUCUCUCUCUCUCUCCUCCGCUCCCCCUCUGUAGCAUCUCUUCUCCCCUCUUCCGUGCGGAGAACAGUGGCACCGCGCUGCGCCUGGCGAACCGCGGUGUGAGCUGGGAUGGAGGAGCAGGAUGGCGGGUUCGGAAUCGGAGGAGGUGGCGGGAGCGGGAGCGGCGCGGUGCGGGAGCUGGUGCUGAUGCAGCAGGAGCGGAGGCGGCGGCGGGAGGAAGAGGAGGAGGAGGUGCGGCGCCAGAUGUUCGGCCACGCCGGCCGCGCCGCGUUCCAGGCUGCGGCUGCGGCUGCCGCGAUGGGCCAGCAGCAUCAGCAGCAGCAACAGCACCAGCAGGCGGUGGAGUAUGCAGAGCUGGCGGCCGGCGGCGGGUUCUACGAGAGCGAGGCGGGCGGGUCGUCGGAGCCCGAGCCGCACGGCUCGGAGGACCGCCCGCGCGGGGUCUCCGGCGGCAAGCGGACCCGCGCAGCCGAGGUGCACAACCUCUCCGAGAAGAGGCGGAGGAGCAAGAUCAACGAGAAGAUGAAGGCGUUGCAGAGCCUCAUACCAAAUUCCAACAAGACUGACAAGGCGUCCAUGCUUGACGAGGCCAUCGAGUAUCUCAAGCAACUGCAGCUCCAAGUGCAGAUGUUGUCUAUGAGAAAUGGCGUUUACUUGAACCCAUCAUAUUUAUCCGGAGGACUUGAGCCUGUGCAAGCCUCGCAAAUGUUCGCUGCCCUCGGUGUUGGUGGAAGAAAUGUGGCGACACCCAAUUCUGGGGCAGUAGUAUCAUCUGUAAACCAAAGUUCAGGAGCUCAUCAUUCAUUCGAUCCAAUGAAUCCCCCACCUCAAACUCAACCACAACCUGUUGCUUUGCCAAGUUGCACUAACACAACCAUUCCCGAGCCUUCGUUUCACUUGGGGGCAUCACAGUCCCACCUUCGAUCAUUUCAGUUGCCUGAAUCCUCUGAGAUGAUGUUUCGCGGGGAGAUAAUGCCGAAGCAUCACCUAACACCAGCUCAGGAAAGAGCUAAUCCACCAGCUUAGGAAGUGGUUACUAGUAACACUGAAGUGGGUAGCGAAGGCAGGAUGACAUGACCUAGUUCAGUAAUCUAACCGCCAAGUCCGACAGUCAAGCUUUGCGAAUCGUUGACCUCCAUCACUGCUAUAGUACUGCUAUUCUUGAAGCGGCCUGAGCGCUUCACCUAGUAGCUAGAGAGAAGAACCGUGUAAUAUUGCCAUCAGAUGCUCCUUUCCAGUCCAUUUGGAGGCUAGCAGGUAAUGAGACUAGUCUGCCAUGGAAUGUUUUCUGAAGCAGCACUGGCUACCAUGCUGCAUGUAAGCAACUUCCCCCUUCAUAUGAGGCCACAUGUAGCAGUCGUGCCAAUCUAGAUCAGAGGUUCAUAAUAUAACCUGCGGAAAACCUUUUUGAGACGGAAGGAAAUUCUGCACGGUCUCC